GUUACGUCCUAAAAACAGCAACAGAUGGAAAGUGAAAGAGAUUGAGAUCAGGCGACAUGGAUACAUUGUAACUUUGGAAAAUGACCGACCUCAAGACCGAACAGGCACCCGGCGUCUGUGAAUAGAAGGAGGGAGAAAUUUGGGCAGAUACCCUCAUUUUGCUGAAAGGGAGUCUAGUGGUCUGCUUCUGGCACUGGGAGAGGUCGUGAGUGCCCUUAUUUGGCUGCCAAAUGCACAGACACGAGAUGUUGACUGAAAGCAGAAAACGGAGACGCAACUGUGAUGCUGAGGAGCUCCAGGUCUCGCCUCAGGCAAAGAGGUCUGGAGGUUAUUCCUUCCUCCCUGAGGUUGGCCGUGAUGUCUGGGACUCUGAGUCUUCCAGCAGUGACAGCAGUGGCAUUAGCAGUCCAGAGCAGAUGGCAGGGCCCAGCGCCACCAUCCAGAGCACCGACCAAAGAAGACUCCAUGUUUCUCAGGCUCCCUGCAGCCCUGUUGCCACCACCCACACAGCUGAAGAUCCAGCAAUCUGCUUGAGCCUAAACAUCUCAUAUGAUCACAUCAACCGUAUAUUGAGAGAGGCCCACUUUAGUAGCCUGGAAAGUCAUGGUCAACAAGGGCCGACAUGAUUGGUGAUGACUCUUCCAACAACCUUUGACAUGAUGGAAGUGUAGAGGGAACCUUUAAGAGGGACAUCAUGGGCCAAUUUAAGGCCUGGCACAAAUAGAGACCCUUUAAAUACAUUUACGUUUUUUAUCUCCAAGCACUUUCUCUUGUUCAUAGUGUUUAUGUGGGGCUUUGCUUCAUGUGUUGACCAUGAACGUCACAUAGGUGCUAUGCAAAAGAAAUAUCUUGAAAAACAUCCUGUUCUUGCAAAAUUGUGUGAUCUUUUCCCCCCCUUUACUUUACAAGUAAGUCAAGUCACACACGGUGCUACUCGGUGCAGCUUGGGUCAUGUUUCGACUAGUGGUUUCAUGUGUAGUACGUUUCAAGUGGACUAAACCCAGUUUGGUUAAAGUGAACCAGAAAGGAAACCAGCCGCAAAUGAUCUCAGUGCUUUUGGUGUUCACAAUGUAAGUGGACUUAAAAGAGGACUCAGUUUCUUUUUUGGUCUUCUUCACAUUAUUGUGGUCUCAGACCCCUUGUUGUUCACACCACAGCUCCUUAAGAACUCAGACCCCAUUGCAUCUAGGGCUGUCACGAUUAUGAAAUUUGGCUGACAAUAAUUUCUCAAAAAUAACUGCGAUUAUGAUGAUACGCAAUUGUCAUACUACUUAAGGUGUAUGUAUGCUUAUGAUGGUUGGGCCUACACCAUAAGUAGUCAUUUAUUGAUAUUAAACUUGAAAUCAUAUAAUAAAAUGGGGAUAUAUGAUUACUUUUAAGGCUUUAAAAAAUAUUGAAUUUUUCAUUAAAAAUUAUUGUUCAGGGAUAGAAUUACAUAAGUAAUAUUUUAUUUGUUAUAUACCAGAUAACACCACCAAUUGUAUUACAUUAUGCAGUAGUAAUAAUGUAUAAUUUAUUUCUGUACAAAAUUCUUAACUCCGAUAAAACCUACAAGCCCAUAUUUCACAUGAAGUAAAACAUUUGUAAUUCUAUGUGCAUUUGAAAAUAUGUUUCUUUAUCUAUCAUCUCGAGGGUAAUGGAGCAAGCAAGCAUCUCCUCCUGCAUGUCAUUUACAUUGUGUGUAUGAGCCCAAAACAUUUGCCAUUGCGCAAAUAAAAUUAAAGUGAAACUAUAAAAAUCCUUGCUUGCAUUUUCGUGGGAGUUUGGCAUGAACUUCUGUAGAUGGUACGCCCAUCCGGGCACUUUAAAAUCUUAACGCAAAGCUCUGCAUACGGCUGGUCCAUUCAUUUUAGAUGCUUAAAUAAUACAAGUACGGAAUCUGAGACCAAAAAACACAUCAUGGUAUAUCUAUAUUAGCUUAAAAUUCCCAUAUGUGGACAGUAAAUUGUGACUGGAAUAUGAAGUAUGUAAUGCAGCUAUGUAUGGCAAGCCUCAAGGUACUCUCGUCAUAAAAUGUAAAGCGGACUGGUACCUCUUCGCUUUCACAUUGCACAAAUCAAUCGAACCACAAAAUGACUCACAAAUGAACUGUACUCAGACCACCUCCUGAGGUGGCCUGAGUACGUUUCACUUUUGGGUCCUUUUAGGGGGGUCUGAGACCACUUGGGUUGUUCACAUAUACACGUUAUACCGCUCUGAGAGCGCUUGAAGUGCUCAAAAGAACUAGGAGUGAAAAUGGCCUAAAACGUGAUUAUAAUUUUAGCCCUGCAUUGAAAGUCAUUCCAGUUAGAUUACUAAUGCUGUUAUCAUGUGUUUACAGAAGAUCUGGUAUGGUUCUCACUGGAAUUAAGACUCUUUUGGGAAGCUUGAUGAUUGCUUGCAUAUUUAAAUCUCAGGUUUGUAGGUGUUCUAUGUUAUUUGAAGUGGAGAUGUUGUAGCUAUAGUUUACACUUCAAACAGGGAACCAGGUGCCAGAUCUUUAGAAAUUCUUUAUCAAAUAAUGUAAUCCUUACAAUGAGAAUUAGAAAACAUACUAGCACACAAAUUGGGAAAUAGAGGCAUUUGGACUUUUCUGAAAUUCAUAAAUGCAUACUGGACUCAGGUCUGUUAAUAAUGUAUACAAGAAAGCACUCUGGCAAAAUCAAUUGAAAAAUUAGAAAUGCUGCAAAUUGAUCAAAUCAUUAUUUUGGAAAGAUCCUGGUUAAUUUUCAACCUUUGAAAUGGUUAGAGCUUGAAAUAUGCAGGUUUAGUUCGGUCACUGGGUUCCCUGUAAUACGAGGACUUGUGUUCUAUGGGUAGAGCAUCGGAAUGCCCUAAAAUUAGCCUGCACCUAAGCACUCGAAAAUAUCAUGUCAAAGCAAAGUCCUAAGAAAUAUUUUACCACGUUACAUCGAUAAAACCCACUUUUGCUGGUUAUCCGUAAUUUGACCAGCAUAUACAAUGAAUGACAAAGCAAACAGUUAUAAUUGACUGCCUUAAAUUUAGUAUGCACAUAUGUAGUCCAAUCUAGUUCAGUCCUUUUUAGAUACAUAUCAGUCUAGAACUGUUUGUCAAAGCUCAGUUAAAACAGGUUGUAAGAGUUAAUAAGUUCUCGUAAGAGCCACUCUCAAGCAGGUAAUCUAAUUGAAUAGGAGAAACUUAUAUUACCUUCAACUUGUGCACUGACAAUACAAUUCAACCCAGGCACUGUGCUUUAUGUGAAGGACAAUUAGCUUUUAACGAUUGAUGAUUAUCUCACGAUCACCAUUCUGUUUUGUAUGUAGGACUAUUCAUAACAUAUAGCUAGCAUAUAUACAAUAUUUGAAUCAUUAUUUUAUUAAAUGUUCCUCUGAUGAAGAU